UUUAGUUAUCUACCUGUUCGGAGCGUAGCAGGACCUGCGGGUCACGUGAAUAGGUUAGAACUCUAUGGUUUUGCUACAGGACCUUUGGAGGUUCCUGUGACGUGUUCACCCACAAUGCACUGUAACAGUGAGUGACAGUCGUUACGGACCAUUCCAAAACGGCCGGCCCCUGCUCAUAUAAGGGACCCGCGCCAUCUUGAUCCCUCUCUUGGGUUGCUGACUCUGGAAGAGGUAGGACCUCCGCAGCUUACAAGCCUACUUACUAGACCAAAGCCUUGCGGCCUAGGCCUCUAACCUAGCGGAUAGACUAAGCAAUUCCCCGCUACUCAUCGCAAGAUCACUGGACCUAAAUACUCCCCUAAAUCAAGCGGAUCUCUGCUAUACAAUCCUUAAGAAGCUAAAUUUGGGCUUAUCUGAUCCCAACCAACUGUCAAUCGCUGCUCAAUCUAUAUAUAAAGAGACUCUGUUAUCUGAACUGUUACUAUUAUUACAUGUACAGAAAUUCAUCAGUAAAAGUUCCUGCAAGUUUUCAGUUAACAGCGGUUGUGGACAAUCCUUUAUUUCUGCAUCACCUUUUGCUCUUGGGAAGGGUGGCAACAGGCCUAUUAAGAAACACAGCAUUUAACCCUCACCCUUUCGUCACGAGUGACAAGGGUUAACAGCGCCCUUAACUAUCCUGAACAGCAACACCCUAACUACCCUACAUCCCCACAAGACAGUAUCCUCUCAUCCGCCACCACACACGCAAAAAUGUCACUGACGUCCCGUGCGUGUGCCCAUAGGAGAAAAGCGGAGCAGAGUGGAGCAUCGAGGAGGACGUGCGCGCAUGACAUGGCACUUGCUAUAUGGCGAUGGGCUUUGAAGAGAACAGAAACAAGAUGGUGUCAAUAUAGAGGUCUAUAUAAUAGUAGCCAUGGAUUAAAUGAAACUGAAGUAAAGCAAAAAUUGUCGCAAUUCUCUGGAGGGUCUGUUAAUCUCUAUAAAGGAGAAAAUGGAAUAGCAGAGCUUUGUAUAAAUAAUCCAUCCCGGAUGAAUGCAUGUUCAGGAUCAAUGAUGCUAGACUUAGAGGAACGGAUUAGUGAUCUAGAAAACUGGAAUGAAGGGAAAGGUCUCAUCAUGUAUGGUGCAGACAACACAUUCUGUUCUGGUGGAGACUUGACAACCAUAAAAGGUAUCUCUAACCCAAAGGAUGGGCUGAUGAUGUGUAUGUUUAUGCAGAAAACAUUGACACGGCUGCAGAGGUUACCGCUCAUUAGUGUAGCCCUGGUUCAGGGAAAAGCAAUCGGGGGCGGAUCAGAGCUGUGUACAGUGUGUGAUUUCAGGUUGAUGACUGAAGGAAGUGAAAUACGAUUUGUCCAUAAGCAUAUGGGACUAGUUCCUGGUUGGGGAGGAGCAUCAAGAUUGAUUCAGCUUGUUGGAAGUAGACAAGCUCUUAAAUUAUUGAGCGGUGCUCUCAGGAUUCCCCCCGAAUAUGCUUUAAGCAUUGGACUGGCUGAUGACAUUUUAUCUUCAACUGGAGACAGAGCAUUGGAAGAAGCCCGGGCAUGGAUAAUGCCAUAUACUAAAGGACCAGCUGAAAUAACUAGAGCAAUAAAAGAACUAGUUGUCUCUGGGAGAGAACAUUUAUUUGAAGAUGCGCUAAGGAGGGAAAAGAACAUAUUUGGAACUGUGUGGGGUGGACCUGCCAAUUUACAGGCCUUGUCAAAAGGAGCUAAACACAAGUAAUGCACAGCUCAGCAUGAGGUACAGUUAGAAUGUCCUUUACAGCAAAGCUUUUAUUAUUGGAAUCAUUUUGAUUGUGGGUAAAGGGACAAUUGAACCAAAUAUCUAAAUAGUAAAAGGAUUAAAUAAUUGUUUAUAUAAAAAUAUAUUCUCUAAAAUAAAGUUCUAAUUGGGAACUGAUAUUUUUCAUUUAUUGAGCCCUGUUCUAUGUAGCACAAAUUUAAAGUAAGGUCUCAAUCACACUUGCAAAAUAGGUGCAUCCAAAACAUGGUAGGAAUGCAAAUCUGUACUCUGAGGAAACAGAGAAAGAAAACCCAUGUCUAACAGUGUCAUUUAAAAUAAAGCAUAUCUGUUGUUUCAUUUAAUAUUUCAGGAUAAGCUGCCCUGUGUGUGUACAUGAGAAGCAGCACUAUUUCUGGCCAUUACAUAACUUGUAUAUGGCAUUUUCCAAUAGGUAGGAUCCCUCAUUUUCAGUUGUCCCUUACCUAGUAGGUGGAGCCUAGACAUUAUGAUGUCUCUCAUACAUUGCACACAAAAUAUGGGAUCCUGCUCAUUUAUGUCUC